AUGAUUCUGUCAUUUACUGAACAAUAUCCACAGAGUCCUCCGGAAGUUAGCUUUUUGUCCAAGAUGUUUCAUCCGAAUGUAUAUGAAAAUGGUGAUUUGUGUCUGGAUAUUUUAAAGAAUAAGUGGUCUCCGUCAUAUGAUGUUUUGGGAAUACUUCUCAGCAUUCAGAGUCUUCUUAACGACCCCAAUACAGACAGCCCGGCAAAUCCAGAAGCAGCAACACUUUUUAACAAAAAUAAAGUAGAGUAUGAGAAAAGAGUUAAAAUCACUGUAGAAAUGAGCUGGGAUGAUAUAGAAAACGAGUUGGCCAAAAUUGGAUCUCUUCCCAGUAAUUGCUGA